UCACGUAGGGCUCAAUCGGACAGGUGUACACGCAUCUUUUGAUUGGAUAGUGAUUAUUGAGACUGGGAGAUAUCUUGUACUUGAUUAGUAAACAUCCAUCAGGAAUAAGGUAAAGGCGUUUGCAAGGUGAGUCGGUGGUUGAUAAUGUAUGCCAGUAUGAUAUGUUAGCACACGACUUUGUUCAAGAUACUGAACGAGUUACUUUUGAAGUUCGACGUUCGCGCUGGUUGGGGAUAUAUUAAUAAUCCAGAUGUUUCUUCCAGGGUUGGUUUUGAGUGCAUGCGCAUUUGUACUGACAUCUCAAUUCAGCGAUGCAGUGAAAAUGCCAAAUGCUUCUUCUGAGCAUGCACUUCGACAAGAGCUACUGACCAGUUAUGAUCGAUUUGUUCGUCCAGUCUUAUUACCGCUGACCAUUGUUAAUGUCUCUUUCUCGUUGAAACUCAUUAGCCUCAUCAACGUGGACAACAAGAAUCAUAUGGUCACGUCGAAACUGUUGAUAAAACAGAUCUGGCACAAUCCAUUUCUCACUUGGGACAAGGCCAAACACGACGGCAUCGGCCAAAUACGCAUGAGCAAAGAUGAGAUCUGGGUACCAGAUAUCACUCUACUUAACAGUGCUAGCAACCCUUCACGUCAAACGAUCAAUCAUUACGAGAGCUGGGUGACUGUCUACAGUAAUGGCACCAAUGUCUGGGUGUCGUUAGCCAUUCAUGAUAGUGAAUGCCAGAUAAAAGUCCAGAAUUUUCCUUUCGAUAAACAAAAAUGCGUGAUAGAUUUUGCAUCUGAAUCGUACGAUACCAAGUUCUUGGACAUCCAACUGCUACCAGAAAGCCACACCGAAACACAAGAUACCAGACAAAUGAGCAACGAAGAAUGGAAGAUAAUAGAGAACAAGAUACAGCUCAUCAAGGAGAGAGGCGAUUGCUGUUCUACACCUUUUGCGCACGUCAAACUCCACCUUGGCAUGGAACGAAUCCCAACUUUUUACAUUCUCUAUCUUCUCUGUCCAAGCGCGAUACUUUCUCUGCUUGUCUUCUUCAGUUUUAUCAUCCCACCUGAUAAUGGCGAGAGGAUAGGCUUUUGUUCCUCGCGCUUCUUCUUUCUCUCAGUGUCUAUCUUCUUCUCUUCUCGGAUCUGUUGCCGCACAAUUCGAGAAACGUCUCUCUUCUUGGAGUCAUCUUUGCUAUAAUUUUUCUCGAAGCAGCAUUUGCUCUUAUUUCUACACUACUAGUUCUCAAAGUUGUUCACGCUACUCGAGAAGUCCCUGCUAUCGUCAAACUUCUUUUUCUUUGUCAAUGCGCUUCAAAGAAUAAUGAAAUAAAGCCUAAAAAGGCGAAUAAGCCUUCGGAGACCUUCUUGAAAGAAGGGCCAUCUUUGAUCCUCAUGUCAGAAGCGGCAAUAAAUGAAGCAGAGUUUAACUCACCACCAGCCAAAGAGGAAGAGAAGACAACAGAAGAACGGCGAGAGGUGGAAAACCAAAUCAAAGCAGAGGAGAACCAAAAGUCCUGGUUGAUUGUUGCGCGUAAACUUGACCGAUUUUUUUUUUGGUUUUACUUGAUUUGUUUGUGUGCUUCUUUGGGUACUGUGCUUACGUUCUCAGAUUAUCUGAUGGAGUUAGACUUAUCCUGAAGCAAAAACCGUCUUCAAAACUGUUUUUUAGGGCGGUAGCACAGAAAGAAUGUCGUGCUCAGUGUUUCUAUUUACACUACGGUAACUUCUAAGAUCACUCUUUUGUCCCAGAUUUUCCACAGAAUCCUCAUAUAUAGAGCUUUUUCAUUGACCCAGACAGUCAUAAUUUGGUGUUCCAAACAAAAGAAACUUUUUGCACAGGUUUUACUUUAAAAAAUAUGUAAAUUAGAACCGGCAAUUUUUGGGAUGUAUCUACUUGAAUAACUAUUGUUCUUGACUGACUAGCCUCUGAUUCCUGUGAAAUCGCUUUUGUUUUUUCAUGUGAAUAUGAGGCUAGUCAGACAUAUGCCAUAUUUUGAUUAAUUGUAUUAAUGUGCUAUAAGAAAUAAAUGUAUACAAUAGCUGUAAUAAGAUCGUAAAUAUGCUCAAUGAUCCAACUCCAAAGAUGGAAUAACAAGAGUUUUAGUCCAACUAGCUAGCCUAUCUGUACUAUAUGCAUAGUUUAUUCUGCUGAACCAGAUUAGAUUAUUUACAAAUGUUAAUACCAUAAUAAUUAUAAUUAAAAUAAUGUUCAUUACCAAGA